UAGCAGGUUUCAAAGGCGACAGACCCAUUUGAUGGUCAUUGGGUUUAGCUAGCGGCGCUGGCACGCACGCACGCACACAGUUGUUACCAGCCACCGGCUCUGUGUUCUUUCGUUGCCCCGUCUAGCUUCUUCAACUUCACCCACACACCCAAGACGCACCGUGUCACAGUUCCCUCCUGAAUCGCAUCUUCCCCAACACCCACAAACAAACCCUAAUUUCUCAAAAUGUGGUCUGCAACAUCCUCCCCUUCCAUCUUCCUCCCCCAUUCCCUUCUUCGCCCCCUCCCUCGCCGCCCCCUCUGCGCCUCCCUCUCUUGGGCCUCUCCCGACCCACCCGACGGUCUCGGCGGCUGGGCCCUCCCCGACAUCCCGGCCCAGCCCAACAACAACAACAAAGUUGCAGCGUUUCCUUCUUAUGCCAUUGUGGGAUUCGGCACUUCGCUCGCUUUUGUUCUCGCCGUCUUUGCUGCCUCAAGGAAAGGUUUUAUUUUUCGAUUCCCGAGGCCGAUGUGGAGCGCUGUGGAGACCCGACACGAUCAAAACGACGCUCGGGAGUUUGACGUUUCUGGUGGGAGCAAGUCAACGCUGUCCGAGGCUGACACGGAGGACAACAACGUUGCUGUUACGCAAACUGAUAAAUCUGUAGUUGUAGAAAAGCCUAAACGUGUUGUCAUCCCGGUUUGUGUGGAUUCUACCCAAGAAGAAGCGUUGUCAGUCUUAAAGUCAUUGAAGAUAAUUGAAGAUGAUGUGGAAGCUAAUGAAUUGUGUACCAGAAGAGAAUUUGCUAGAUGGCUAGUUAAAUUGAAUUCUUCAUUGGAAAGGAAUCCUAAACACAGGAUUGCUCCUAUAGUAUCACUUUCUGGAUCUGUAUUUACUGCAUUUGAUGAUAUCAGUAUCGAUGACCCGGACUUUAGAUCCAUUCAAGUCUUAGCAGAAGCGGGAGUGAUCCCCAGCAAAUUAUCUUGGAAUAAUAGUUUCGAUUAUGGUGGAUUUGACACUCAACAAAACAUCAAUUUUUUUCCUGAUAGAUUCAUCUCACGACAAGAUCUAAUAGACUGGAGAGCUCAGUUGGAGUAUGACUUCUUCUCUGGGGUAGUUGACCAGAUAUCAAUUAAAAAAGCAGGUUAUAUGGAUGUGAAGGAGAUCACUUCUUCCGCAGUUUAUGUGGACAUGUUGGCAGGGGAUAAGAGUAUACUUAGAAAAGUUUUUGGACAGAGCAAGCGAUUUCAGCCAAACAAACCUUCAACGAAAGCACAAGCAGUGGUGGCUCUGACAGGUGGCAGGAUGAAGGAAGCAAUAUCUGCUGAAUUGUUAAGAAUAGAAGCAGAGAAUUCUGCCAGACUGGCCGAGGCAGAGGAGAUCAGGUCUGAGUUGCUUAGCCGAGGAGACAUACAGAGAUUUUGGGAUGAAAAGCUUAAUGAAGAGAAAAAUCGUGGUUUUGAUGUAGAGAGGCUUUAUCACAUGGAAGUAAAGAAUUUGGAAGAAGAGGAGAUCAAUCAAGAUAAGAUAUCUGCUGAGUAUUUAAAAGAAAAGGCAGCAAUGGAUUGUCAGAAGCAGCUUCUGCUUAACUUAAAGAAAGAAGUUGAUGAGAUAUCGGAAAAAGUUGCAUUGGAGAGAGUCACAUAUGUAGAUGAAAGGCAUGUUGUUCAAAAGUUGCUUGGAGAUUUAGAAUUAAAGCAUGAAGAAUUGCUCAACACCAAAUCCACGCUGGAAGCUGAAAAAGAAGCUCUUCAGAUUCUUAGGUCUUGGGUAGAGGACGAGGCAAGGAGAAGCCAAGCUCGGGCAGCUGUUCUUGAAGAGGUAGGGCGAAGAUGGAAAUGGGAUGACCAAGCUUGAAUCGGGACACGUCCUAUAAAAUGUAAAUUAACAUAUCUACAUAUUUACUAAUAGCAUAAAUCCUUUAGGCUUCCUUGCUCUAUUUGGUAUUAUGGCCUUUUGGGAGAGAAAGAAAAGGAUUAAGGGGUGAUUAUGAACCUCAUACUUCGUUGUUAUAUACACAUUCAAAAAGGAAAAAUAUUGAUGUGAGUGGGUUUAAUUUUGUGGUCCUCUCAAAGAUUUUCCAUCCCUCUCGUGAGUCGGAUUGGGAGGGAGGAGGGAACGCAGCCAAUCUUGUCUUAUCUUAUUCAAAGUUGUGUGUGGAUCUUGUUUUGCUAUUUUUAUGCUUUGGAAACUAUAGGAAAUUCCCUUUCAACUCUAA